UCGUCCCGAGGUCUUUGCUCGUUGUGUGCUAUAACAAUUACCGAAAAAAUCGAAACUUUGACGUGAGACACGUCCGGCGGUAAACUGUAUGGAAGAAGUAAAUGUGUGGGCGAAUUCAUGGACAAUUAUUCCAUCGAUGAAUUUAUUGACGAUACCAAAAUUUUACCUAUUCAUUGCGUGGGAAUUUGAAUUUUGUCGUUACUUUACGGGGGCUGCUCUCUAGCGCUCUGAAGUGGCUCGCAAUGGUUUUGAAAUGAUUUCGAACGCUCGUCGAGAAUCACGUCGUUAGCGCCACCUGUUAGACGCUGGAGCUUCAAACUGAUUAGGCCAAAAGCCAGAAUCAGAACCAAGGAUCGCCUUGUCAAUAUUGACAAGUACCUGAUUACGUUCCAAGAGACGUUUCGAAGUGACAGAAAUUGAUAGUUCUCUGCGUCGUGAAUAAAAUUCUGCAGUCGCAUUCGAAUUUCAACGUAAAUGCAAGAUUACUACGGUUCUGUAGCCUGUGUGCGUAGACAUAUGUGCAUGUAUUUAUUUUUGUAGCGAGCCACCUGUCACUUUCAACCGACUGCAAUGCGGUGCAUUUUAAUAUUUGACCACUUGAACGAUGUGUUAUUUACAAAGUGCAACAAAAAAUUUGCCGCGCAUAUACAGAAACUGGCUAGGAUACAGGGACUCAUUCCCGAGGAUAAGGACGAAAACGAUGUCAGUAACAAGCUGAGUCCGAAUACAAUAAUCCAACUGUUUGCGCCAAUUGUAACUUCCCAGCGAGUGAUGGCGUGUCAAUUUGGCAAUUCAUAUACAUCUGUACAGUGUCAGGAUGGCACUAACAUGGUAUUUGAUGAUUUCAUGGGCUAUAUGUUUGUCUACAUAGCCAGUAGCGACGUCACUUUAAUGAAGAGGACUCUGGGGGUCUGCGUAUCCAUUGUUCGACACUUAUGUGGACCUGACGUAGCUCUAUUAAAAUGGAACAAGCAAAGAGUAUCUCUGGUUUCAUCCUUACUGGACGCCUGGAUAACUCUGCGGGGAUGUGAGCAGAGCAUACUAGUCGAGGCUAUAGAACAAUUAUCCGUGAAUCCAGAUUUAGCGUCCGCUACUCUGAGAGCACUGCACGAUGCAACUGACAAACUUAGAACGCAAUCGGAAUUCAGUAAUGUCCAUGCCUUGAUUUUGGUGGAAAAUAAAUUUUUAUCCUUAUACUCGAGUAAAAAUUCACUCGACUUGAGUGCCUCUGAUAUUUUGCUAAUGAUGCUGCUAUGCUGGGUUGCUGGAGAUAAAGGAAAAUUAAUGGAAGAUCAAGACAACUUUGACGAUGACUUUUUAAGCCCGGAAAAUAGCUUGACAGAAGAGUCAAAAGGCCUUAAUAUUGCUGGAAAAUUAGCUAAUCCAACGUGCAAAGACAUCACGAAUUUAUUUGGUGACUCGAGAGAUUCGUCUAUCAGCGAGGGCUUGUACAAGUUGGCCGAAGAUGAUUUAUACAGCCAACUGGUACUGCUUGGUUCUGGUCAUAACUAUACAGCAAAUGCGAUUCACAUCACAGAAUUAGCGGAUGGUAUUAAUUUAGUUAUAAUCAUAGAGGCAAGCAACUUGUCAACGUCGUCUGGUCUCUACGAUAGUUUUUACUAUUUGAAUACAAUAAACAAUCUACAGCUGCAGAAAGACAUAGACGAGCUGAAGCCAGCGUUCGAUAAUUUAGACGCAGCGAUAAAGAAAUCCAUAGACGGGAUUAAGAAGAACAGAAAUCAUAUAAACAACGACAUUGAUAUGUGUCAGAGGAGAUUACAAGUGAAAUGGGAAUUUAUACGCAAGAAAUAUGUAGAACUACUGAAAUCCAGAGAUCCCGAAUGCGUUCUGAGAAUAGAAUCCAGCACUUCUGGAUUUACGGAUACUAUGAAAGAGCUACUGCAGCUCACCUGCUUCGACAAGAACUUUCUGAAGCAAGGUGUAGACGUCAUUACAGCUGUCAGUAAAUUGGUCAGACAGAAGAUCAACGACUUCAGCAAUUUCUUGAAAGUCAAAGCUCUCAAGAACUUCACUCUCGGCUCAUAUCUGGAAGAGUUCCCAGGGCUGGUUCAUUUUAUUUAUGUAGACAGAACGACACACAGGCUCACUGCUCCAACUUUGGAUUUCACUAGUCCUGAAACAUUAGCGCUUACCAAUAAGAAGAUAUGGACGAUGGUUGAUCAUAGCAGAGCUCAUUUACAAGAAGGACACUUGUCUGUCAUGUGGAAGGAUACAACGUUUAAUUAUGCGUAUUUUUUAUGGUUUGAGGACAAUUCGGGAUCGCCCUUGAAGUGUAAAAUUCACCCGAAUCAUCUAAUGAAAAAUCUCCCCCUGCCUGGUAUCAUAUGUGGUGACUAUUACAAGAAACUUGUCGAAGUCUGCUUUCCAAAGUUAUCACCAAACAAGAUCAGAAUAUACGAGCUCUACUGUGUACACUUGGGUCUAGCAACGUCGUCUUGCGUCUUGGAACAUUCCAGAAGACUCGCAGCGACGAUAUGGGAAGUUACCGGAGUGCCAAACAACCCUAUUGAUAUUCUGUAAAAUAUCAACAGGACAGGGUUACAAGAAUGCGAAACUAAGUUAAAUGGAACCAGAACAAAUCCGAUCUAUUUUCAGCAGCUCUAAGUAUCCUCAAGAAGUCACAGAAUUUUCUAAGUAAUAUUUGGACUGUACCAAAGGAUACGAAAUGUUUUAGAAUAGGUAUAGAAAACCCGUAGUACGUCUGAUAUUCAGUUCCUUUUUUCAAAUGUUCCGUUUCACUUCGUGUCACUGUCAUGACUGAGGAUAAGAAGACGAUUUUACGGAAGGAUAUUAUACAAAUUUCGCAAUUGAAGAAAUCCCGUUACUUUGGGAUUCGUACGUGCGCGGUCGCAAAGAUAAAUGAGAAAAUGUUCAAGCGAAAAAUGAUAUCCACAUUAACAGCACACAUUCCGUAUUGAUGCAGUAUUUUAAAAAUACCCAUGUUUUAAUCAUCAUGUUGAAGUUAGUAACGUUAUCGUAACGAUUCAGUAAACCGUAAUAAAACGAAACAUACACAUAUUUUGAAAUCUUAGUUCCUUCGUUAUCCAGUCAUUGUAAUAACAAGGAAAUAGUGUUUUCUCCCCAAUUUGUCAUCACGAUAAUUUUACUAACUUAAACCCCGUUUUUAAUCGUUAUUGUACAAUUUAUUGCUAUUAUACCCGUGUACCUGUUUUAUCGUAUGUUCUUUUAAAAAUUAAACGUAUUUAUCUCGGACCUGCAGUAAAAUAACCGGCUUCCUAAGUAAUUAGCGAUAAACAUUUUAUUUUUAUUAUAUACUAAUGACGUGUAAAACACUCGCCAGUAAAACAGAAAUUUCGUGAGUGUGAGAUUGUUUUUUAAUCACUUAUCAGACCGAUGUGCUAAUAGUAAGUCUGCCUUGUUUCAAUAAAUUGGAAACCCUUUCUAUAGAUAUAUUAUUUUGCAAGACUGAAGUAAAAUAUGUUACAACAAUAUGCUUUUGCGAAUGUAAAUACUAUACACGUUUAUGACAUUUAUGCCAGACAUAUUUUCACUUGCAGCUCAAACUGGGGAGUUAAUAUUAACGAACUUAGACAUCGGCAAAGUUCUCCCUGAAUGAAUUGAUCGUCAGGUAGAAUAAUGAUGUAUACAUUAUACGGAUUUAUUAUCCCGCGAGAAAGUACAAGAAUAGAUUUGAUAACGUCUGACAUUUUUAAGCAAUGCAACGGUAAUAAAUAUUCGAUAUCAUCGUAUGGCGGCAUGUUUGUAUGUAAUCCUACGAUUACCAUCAGUCAUUGCUCAUUAGUAUUGUGGAAAAUUUUUAGACAAAAUAAGCAAAAUACAUUAUUUUUAUUAUUUUGACAUUAAAUUGUUAAUUCAAUGAAGAUAAUUACAAGUACACAAGCAGAAUACACUUAUAUUGCGUUCAACAUUGAUAUGAACGUGGUAGAUAGAUGUUUUCUAUUUAUUUACUCGAUUGGAAUAUAAUCACAUACAAUGCAAAAAUUAGGUUUUUCGUUUCAAGCGAGAGUUGGAAAUUUUAAAUUACCAAGUUUCUACGCUUUUGGUAUUUUCCUGUUAUCAAUAAAAACAAUUGUGCAAAAGGGACCAUACUUAUGUAUCAAGUUUUAUACUUCAUCCAAGCUAUUUGUAAAAAAACAACAGACAGUAAACCAGUCUGUUAUUUAGUACAAGUGUGUCUUCAUACUUGUUUGCAUUUAUAGAACGGAAUUUCUUGCUCGCUCACCUUUUUUCUUGCAACAAAGUUGUAAAAUUUGCAAAUUAACUUUACAGAAUCUUCGAUAUUAAUCCCGUUUGACUCGCCUUCAUCAUAAUGAUACGAAAUUAAGUAGAUCGUACUAUACAUAGAAUAUCCAAGCAAUCUCAAUUAGGAUAAGUUUGGUCUAUCAC